CCCUUCGCGUGGCGCCGCCUCGCGGAGUCUCGCGAUAGCAGCGGGCGCGGGAACGCGGGCGGGGCGGGGCCGCGCGCUGUUCGGGGGCGGUGGGGUCGCUCCCCUCCCCCCGCCCGGCGGCGCCGACACCGGCCCCGGCCCGGCCCGGCCCCGCGGCGCGCAGCAUGGACGCCGGCCCCGGCAGCGUCGCCCGCUCGGAUGGCGAAGUGCCGUCCACCUCCGCCGCGGCGGCCUCUGCGCAGGAGCCCGCCGCCGAGGAGAAAAAUGAUCCUCCAUUUCAACUCAAACUUCCGCCAAAGGCAGCCAGACCUGAAAAAGAAAUCGACCCAGAAUAUGAAGAGAAGAUGAAAGCAGAUCGAGCAAAAAGAUUUGAAUUCCUCCUGAAACAGACAGAACUUUUCGCGCAUUUUAUUCAGCCUGCAGCACAAAAAUCACCAACAUCUCCACUGAAAGUCAAACUGGGACGGCCACGGAUAAAGAAGGAUGAAAAACAGAGUUUAAUUUCAGCUGGGGAUUAUCGUCACAGGCGCACAGAGCAAGAAGAAGAUGAAGAAUUGUUGUCUGAGAGUCGAAAAACAUCUAAUGUGUGUAUUCGAUUUGAGGAAUCUCCUUCGUAUGUGAAAGGAGGAACACUAAGAGAUUAUCAGGUUAGAGGGCUGAACUGGAUGAUCUCAUUGUAUGAAAAUGGUGUUAACGGCAUUCUGGCAGAUGAAAUGGGUCUUGGUAAGACUCUGCAAACGAUAGCAUUGUUAGGCUAUCUGAAGCAUUACAGAAACAUUCCUGGGCCACACAUGGUCCUGGUUCCAAAAUCAACUUUGCACAAUUGGAUGAAUGAAUUUAAACGCUGGGUUCCAUCGUUACGUGCCGUUUGCCUUAUUGGAGAUAAAGAUGCCAGAGCAGCUUUUAUCCGUGAUGUUAUGAUGCCUGGAGAAUGGGAUGUUUGUGUAACAUCAUAUGAAAUGGUCAUUAAGGAGAAAUCUGUCUUCAAAAAAUUUAACUGGAGAUACCUGGUAAUUGAUGAAGCUCACAGAAUAAAGAAUGAGAAGUCCAAGCUGUCAGAGAUUGUGCGGGAGUUCAAGACAACGAAUCGAUUGCUGCUUACAGGAACUCCUUUACAGAAUAACCUCCAUGAGCUGUGGGCAUUACUCAAUUUUCUUUUACCUGAUGUCUUCAAUUCUGCAGAUGAUUUUGACUCUUGGUUUGACACUAAAAAUUGUCUUGGUGAUCAAAAACUUGUAGAAAGACUUCAUGCUGUUUUGAAGCCAUUUCUAUUGCGUCGCAUAAAAGCUGAAGUAGAAAAGAGCUUGCCUCCUAAGAAGGAAGUAAAAAUUUACCUUGGACUUAGCAAGAUGCAGAGGGAAUGGUAUACAAGGAUCCUGAUGAAAGAUAUUGAUAUCCUAAAUUCAGCUGGGAAAAUGGAUAAGAUGCGUCUGCUGAAUAUUCUGAUGCAGUUGCGAAAAUGCUGUAACCAUCCAUACCUGUUUGAUGGUGCUGAGCCUGGCCCUCCUUAUACCACUGACACACAUCUCAUCACUAACAGUGGUAAAAUGUUAGUUCUGGAUAAACUGCUAGCAAAACUCAGAGAACAGGGUUCCAGAGUUCUGCUUUUUAGUCAGAUGACUCGUUUAUUGGAUAUUUUGGAAGAUUAUUGCAUGUGGCGUGGAUAUGAGUACUGCCGACUGGAUGGACAGACACCACAUGAAGAGAGAGAGGAAGCAAUAGACACCUUUAAUGCUCCCAACAGCAGUAAAUUCAUUUUCAUGCUUAGUACCAGAGCUGGAGGCCUAGGAAUUAAUUUGGCAACCGCUGAUGUAGUUAUUCUCUACGAUUCAGACUGGAACCCUCAAGUAGACCUGCAAGCCAUGGAUCGUGCGCAUCGUAUUGGUCAAAAGAAACCAGUACGGGUGUUUCGACUAAUCACUGAUAAUACUGUUGAAGAGAGGAUUGUAGAAAGAGCUGAAAUAAAACUGAGACUGGAUUCUAUAGUUAUACAACAAGGAAGGCUUAUAGACCAACAAUCUAACAAACUGGCGAAGGAUGAAAUGUUGCAAAUGAUCCGGCAUGGAGCCACACAUGUCUUUGCUUCAAAGGACAGUGAGCUGACAGAAGAAGAUAUAAGCACUAUUUUGGAAAGAGGUGAAAAGAAGACAGCUGAAAUGAAUGAACGAUUGCAAAAAAUGGGGGAGAGCUCCUUAAGAAAUUUCACUAUGGACACAGAGAUGAGCUUAUAUAACUUCGAAGGUGAAGAUUAUAGAGAAAAACAAAAGCUGAGCAUGAUGGAAUGGAUAGAGCCUCCAAAACGAGAACGCAAAGCUAAUUAUGCAGUAGAUGCUUAUUUUAGAGAAGCCCUGCGCGUUAGUGAACCAAAAGUUCCAAAGGCUCCACGACCUCCAAAACAACCAAAUAUUCAGGAUUUCCAGUUUUUUCCACCACGAUUAUUUGAACUUCUGGAAAAAGAAAUUCUGUAUUAUCGUAAGACUAUAGGAUAUAAGGUUCCCAGGAAUCCUGACCUCCCAAAUGCAGCUCAGGUGCAAAAAGAAGAGCAAAAGAAGAUUGAUGAAUCUAUGCCUCUGACUCCUGAAGAAACUGAAGAGAAAGAAAAACUUCUAACACAGGGUUUUACAAACUGGAACAAAAGAGAUUUUAACCAGUUUAUUAAAGCUAAUGAGAAAUAUGGACGUGAUGAUAUAGACAACAUUGCCCGUGAAGUGGAGGGAAAGUCACCUGAGGAGGUCAUUGAGUAUUCAGCUGUUUUCUGGGAACGUUGUAAUGAACUGCAGGACAUUGAGAGGAUUAUGGCUCAAAUUGAACGAGGAGAAGCAAGAAUUCAACGGAGGAUCAGUAUCAAGAAAGCACUUGAUGCCAAAAUUGCAAGGUAUAAAGCACCUUUUCAUCAGCUGCGUAUUCAGUAUGGAACAAACAAAGGCAAAAAUUACACAGAAGAGGAAGACAGAUUUUUGAUAUGCAUGUUACACAAGAUGGGCUUUGACAAAGAAAAUGUGUAUGAGGAGCUAAGGCAGUGUGUGCGCAAUGCUCCUCAGUUCAGAUUUGACUGGUUUAUCAAAUCUAGAACGGCAAUGGAGUUUCAGAGACGCUGCAAUACUCUCAUAUCAUUAAUCGAAAAAGAAAAUAUGGAAAUUGAGGAAAAAGAAAGAGCUGAGAAGAAGAAGAGAGGAGCAAAAGUUCCAGCAUCACAGAAGAGAAAAGCAGAUUUGGCCACUGAGAACUCUGGGAAAAAGGAUGCUAAGAAAGUGAAGUCGUGAGCCUGAAAACUGAAUGCUAGAUAUAAAAACUGCCACUUUCUUCUCUCCAUCUACAAGUAUUAAUUGCCAACUUCUUUGUAUUCAUGGUACUCUCCCCCAAAUCCUAUGGUUUCAUUUUGCAAAUUUUGUAUAUUUUACAAUGCCUUUCUUUACCUAAAAUGUGUAGCUUUAUAUUUUAUGCAUUCCAGUAUUUUUGUGUACUGUAUUUUGUGAAUUUCAUGUCUUCAGCAAAAUUCACUCAGUCCUUGUUUUUUUGAAGCUUGUGCUGAGGUUUUAGCUUUUAUAUGUUUUAUAUGCUGCUGCUUUGAAAGAAAACCUAGAUUCUAUAGCUGUAUUAUUGUUGUUUCAUAUUUUAAAUUUAUAUGGCUGUGGGAAAAUAAAUUGAAUUAAAAUUAUUUGAAGAGAAAAAUACUUCACCUUUGUUUUCCCUCCCCUCUCUCCAUUUUCUGCACAGCUUUGCUUUAGAGUGUGUGUUAAGGUUUGUAUAAUUGUGCCUUCACCAUCGAUCAUAUUUCUUUUCAGAAGAGUACAUAGAUAGGAUCAGGAGCAUGACAAAACGAAAAAUCUGAUUAGACUGACAUUCUUGUUUGCUGUCAGAUGUCAAUUGACAUUUUUUUUUCAAAACUAUUCAGAAGGAAAGCCAGCAAAUACUUAUACAUACUUUUUCUUUAUUGACAUUGGUUUCUGCUGGGCUGCAUAUAUGCUUAAACACAGAGUGUGGUGUUUUUCUGAAUGACCUCUAGAAGAAACCUUUUUUGUUUUAUUUUUAUUAUUAUUUUUUUAAUAUGAAAAGGCAUAAUGAACUGAGGUUUAAUAAACCUAAUAAGCUGAAGUACUUCCCUUGCAGCUUUUUUUUUAAGUAACAAAGUAAUUCAUCUGCUGGUUAGUAGGUUGCUCAGCUAUGCUGCCUUGUGCUAAAAGAUCUUGGUUGCUUAAAUUACCUCUGCUUUUACCUUUGAUUCAACACGUCAGUCAGAAGCAAUGGGGAUAUGUUAUGGAGUGCUCCUUUUCAGUAUUUCCAUUUUAAGGAAUGGAUGAAAGUGCUGGAUGUACCUUAUUUUGACUUUGCAGGAGUGGCCUUUUAUUAGGUGGUUCAUAGUUUCUGGUCACCUUGGAGUCUCUGCCUUUCUCAGAUCAGUGGAACAGUGACUGUGGCAUCUAAUGUUUUACUUUAAUCUUCUGUCUCUGAUCUGGUGUUUAGUAUGGACCUUGCUGCAGUGAGACAUGCCCUCGUAAUGUCAAGUCUAGAUUAAUGCAGCGUGCUUUUACAUGGUACUCGCCUUGAAGAAGACUUGUGCAUUUCUCCUAGCGCAGGCUGCUUCCUUCUUGAGUGCUUUGGGAUGAUAAAGCACUCCAUAUUUCAUGCUUUGCAUUGCCUACCUGCUUCUUUAUUUGUAAAAUUUGUAAAAAGAGCCUUGGAAAGCUCUUGAGUUUUAGGAUACAGUUCUCUCCAUAUGCUUUUGUGGCAAUUGAAAUCUAUUGGAAUGUCUUUUACGUUUUGUGGGAUUAAUCUCUUUAAGCUUAAUGAUGAGUAAUUUCCAGCCUUUCUUUGGUGGUCUGAGUUUAAGGUUUGGGGCAAAAUGGGUGUGAUUAUUUGUUUAAGCUUUUUGCAAGAUAACUAAUUUGACUUUUGUAUUUUGGACUGAAGCUUUCAUUUGGGGACCAAGUUACUAAUUAUUUGUACUGGGCUUUUUAUUUGCUUGUAGUUAUAUACUUUAUUUGCUUGUAGUUAUAAAUUAUAUACUUGUAGUUUAAAAAAGGAUUUUCAUCCAGAGAGCUGAGACUAUUACACGUAAUGAUUGGGGACAACUUUCAGAUGAAGGUUACUGAUGGGUGUUGAUAUAUACUUUUAAAUGACUAUGUAACCCAGAGGGAUACGUAUGCUCAAAAAAGGAGGAUGUCUUUUCAAAUAAUAUUUUUGAUAUUAGAGUGGUUGACAUCCUCUUUUAUCCUUGGGGGAAGGAGAUCUAGUGUAAUUAUGCAGGCUGGAAAAAGGCUACAUAGCUACGUACAGAUAAUCACAAAUCCUGGAGCAUUGCUUUUAACAGAGAGAGAAAGAUGCCUUAUUUACAUUUGCUUUUCAGCUCCCAUGUCAUUCAGUAACUUUAUAACCUGAACUUACAAAAGCAAGUAAAAAGAGGGAAAUGAAGGCUUGAAGAGCCAACUGAAUUUUUGUUGAAAUGCAUCGCUACAUUUAGGUCUUAUUCUAUUGCUCCUGUUUAGCAUAAUUGGGUGAAUAUUUUAAUGCUUUCAGUCUCAAAAUAAGUGUAUUCUGUUUUUUCUGUUUAUUGCAAAUUUGCUUUGUUUCACUUGCAUGUUCUUGUGUAUCUAGUUUCUCUGUGUAUUAUUAUUUGCAAAGUAUAUGGGAGAUGUUAGAAUGAUGAUAUCUCAACUUGUCCUUUUAUGCAGAUUUCCUGGUUUCACUUACCGUUUGAGAUACUGUUCAUUUUUCUUCUCCUUUGGUGACAUGAUAUACUAGCUAUAUAGCAGAAGAUCAUGCAAUUGUUCUUUGAGAUAUUAUCCUCUUGAUCAGACAGCUUCUCUGAAGAAUGAUAGAUGCUCCCAGGAACUAUUUGUUAUCUCUUAUAGUCUGUAGUUUCUAGUUAAACUAAAUGUGCUGUUGAACAACAGUCCUUCAGAGCACUUGUGUACUAUGUACUAGUUCCUCAGCAUAGUGAAUCUUUCCAUCCAUCACGUCUCACAGUGAUAAGUAAAGAAAAUUGCAACAGCUGCUGGUCAGGAUUAAAGUAAAAUGGAUCUUUCCUUUCCUUUUUCUUUCUUGUAGUUGAAGAAGUACACAGAGCAUGUGCCUAGCAGUAUCUAAAUGAUAUGCUGCUGUGACUCGGAGUUAGACUGAAAUAAAGAAAUCUUCCUGCUUUUAACUACUGUUUUCUUAGAUAAGCAAUACUGUUUGUAAGAGAUUUGUAAGCAUUGAAUGUAAUGUGAUACAAAGAACUUCGGAAAAUUCUGGGCCUUUAGACAACUCGGUGAGCGCCAAACAAAUUAUGUGAGCUGGUGUCACAAAAAGUUUGGAAAUAAUGUCAGGUCGCCUUUUGAGUAGACAGCUGAAAUUUAAUUGUGUUAGUUUAGCAUCAGGGUUGAAGAAAGAAAAAGUGCAGCAACCAUUCAGCACCAUUCACCAAUCAGGCAGUGCACGUAGCAAAUACAGGGAGAGGUCACACAGCUCUUGUGUUCUUUUUCCUUUCGCAGUCACUGGUUUCAAAUUACGAGUCCUUUAUUUCUGAGCUAGACAUGACAUUAGCGAUGAUGGUAGUCAUACAGCUGACCAUCUUCAUUAUUUUGUUUAAUUUCAGUUUAUUAUAAUGAGAUAGAGAAGAAACGAAGCUCUCUGCUGAUGAUAACCCAUCUUUAGACGCUACUUGCAAAAGUAGCGUUACUAUACUAAAGUAUCAAUUAAGAAUUUUUCUUGUAAAUUAGCAUUGCUUGUUUGAUUUAGUGAUAAUGCUGGUUAUGGAUUUUAAAAAAUCAUUUUUUUCUCUGAGAUCAGAAGUGAGGGGUACAGUAUAUGGAAAUCUAUACGAAUCUUUCUAAAUAUCUGAGGGAAGUAACUUGUGUUACACAGUUCCUGCAGCUCCUUCAGGUCCUGCUCUGCACUGCCAGGACCCGCAGUCUAUCUGCGGGGUGCACAGGUACUCUCUCUGCGCGCCUCCUGCCCAAGUUCAGUGGGAAGAUUAAGGAUGUUCAGUGAUCACAAAAUAAUUCCCAAACUAAAAAAUAGGUAGGCCUUACAGAUUGGAAAAGCGUAUGGAAUUUGCAGCCAGAAGUGUUUACGAAAAUACAGAAUGACAGAUGCUUGGUGCAGACACGGAAGGAACUGAUUGCUGGAGUCUGAUCUGGGUAAGAUACUGGAGCUAGGCAGUAGUUACAUUUCACCUAAGUUUAUCUACUCCAUGUACUUAGCUUCAAGCAUGUAUGUAAAUACUUUGGUUGGUCAAAGUUACAAUGUUUGAUAUACUCCUUUCUGCAAAAAAGUUUAAUUUUAACUUGGUUUGCAUAUUUUGAAGUGUAAUGUAUUAUCUUUUAAUUGCAUUUGCAUGAUGUCCUUCAUUUCAUACUGGCCUUAAUAGGAGUAAUAUUUGCUGCCUCAAAGAUAUAUCUACAUAGUGUUGUCGAAGGAUAACUUCUGAACUUUUUCGAAUUCAGAGUUGUUUGUUUAGUUGUACAUAUAUGAAAAUAAAAAUUAAUAUGAACCUUUAAUCUUUUGGUAACCACACUUCUGGUACAGAUGGGCCCAUGCGCUUGAAAUCAAAUGAUCUUUUGAACAGUUUUGUUUUGGUUGCUCCUGUUAACUUUCAGGCUAUUGUAGCUGGACUUUAUUGGGGGGAGUGGCUGCCCCGCAUCUGCUUUCAAUCUUUCUUAUUUCCUUUCAUCUAAAAUAAAAUGCUAGUAGUGCCUGUAUUUUUGUGACAGCCUUACUUGUGUUGUUUCUUUGUAUGAUAUAUUAAUACAGUGUAUGUUGAUGAUAUAUUAAAGUAUAUUACUGUUUUUCUGUUA